AUGUUGUCUGCUGGGUCCCUCUGCCCGACUGGGGAUGAGCGCUGUGGUCUUCUCAGUGGGUUCCAUGAAUACAUUCGUGCUAUCCUGUGCAUCAACUUCCGCCGCUACACGCUUGGAAGUACCACUGGCGCCGAGUUUAGACCCGGGGAAGCAAAGGAGACCCCAUCGGAAGUCCGUCACUGGUUGUGA